AGGUAAUUGAAACCAACAUAAAACUCAUUUUUUAUUAGUCUAGAGAUAGAUCCGAUUAUUGUUAACUUAAGUAUCGAAAUGUCUAACCCGAGGACCCACCUCGAGGCUUUACAAGUUCAUCCGAAGUGAAGACGGGAACUAAAAAAAGAUUUCUGGUUUGGUGCAAUUACAGUACCAGAAAGUAUUGAACUUUUCAGUCCUAGAAGACGGUGACGACGACGACUGCAACGCCGCCGGAGAAUUCAAACUAUGAGUCAAGCUGAGAGAUCGGGCAGUGCCAAAAUCACCGAAAUCGCCGAAAUCCCAGGUCAAAGCUCUCCCACGCUGCACCGAAACCACCAUCGUUUCUCCAAGGCCAAAAGCCUUGACUUUUCGACAUGGGUUGCUGAUAAUUUCUACAAAAUUGUUACAAUAUGUAUCCUAAUAUUCACUGUUGAAGCCAUCUUCUUCCUCUACAACGCCACCAACACGGCUUCUUUCCUCCAACUCCAGUCCAAGACGCAGCAGUCUCUUGAUUCCAUCUCUCUCCCUCAAAUCAAGUGGAAUUCGAUCGCAACCAUUAGUGAUAAGUCGUCUCCUUACGCCAAUUUUCGAUCAGAGCAAUGGAUUGUGGUGUCUGUGUCGGAUUAUUCGUCUGAUUCGUUGAAGAAGAUGGCCAAGAUUAGAGGGUGGCAGGUGUUGGCAAUUGGGAAUUCCAGGACGCCCAAGGAUUGGACCUUGAAAGGCAGGAGUCUAUCUUGCAAUGUAGUCAUGAUAAGUGAUGACCCUAAUAGUACUGUAGUGAACCCACACAUCCAUUUUGGGCAAAGGUCAGUUUGGCCGAGCGGAUUGCCAUUGGAGAAUGUAGAUGAAAUUGGGCAUUGUGAGGAGUUUUACACUGAGGUCUUUGGUGGCAAGCAGUAUAUACAACAAGAGAUUUCCAAUGGGUUACCUGACGUUGAUUCUGUGUUUUAUUUUACCAGAAUGUCGGGUUUGAAAGCAUUUGAUAUUAGAUUUGAUGAGCAUGCACCAAAAGUGGCAUUGCCACAAGGUAUGAUGGUGCCGGGACGGAGGCUUUUGUGGGAGAUUGGUGGUUAUGUUGUUGUCUAUCCACCCACAAUUCAUAGCUAUGAUAGAAAUGAGGCAUUUCCAUUUUCGGAGGAAAAGGAUCUUCAUGUGAAUGUAGGCCGUUUGAGUUUGAUCAAAUUCCUAGUAUCAUGGAGGUCGAACAAGCAUGAGUUGUUUGACAAGAUAUUGGAAUUAAGUUAUGCUAUGGCAGAAGAGGGACUUUGGACUGAUAAGGAUCUCAAGUUCACUGCUGCUUGGCUUCAGGACUUGCUCGCCGUGGGGAAUCAGCAGCCAAGGCUGAUGUCACUGGAAUUGGAUAGGCCACGGAAGCCACUGCCGGAGAGCAACUUCAGAAUCCCUUUGGCUCGGCGGCGCAUGUGUCUUGAACCACCGUGGUUCUUCCUUAACUUCUCGAGAUUUACUGCUGAUUUUUUCUCAACUUCGGCGGAGUGUUUGCUUCGCGUGCUUGAGAUCGUGUUGGAGCUGCUCGAUAAGCACGAUGCCUCUGUGGACAUGGAUCCCUAUGGAUUUGCCUCCGGCUUGAGGAUCGUCACCUUUUUGUUAUCGGAGCUCCAGUAGAGCUUCGAUCAACUCUUUUUCAUCUCCUGUGAACAUCACCGGAUUUAAACUCAGAACAGGGACAAAAUCAAACGAUUGAUUUAGA